UAUUUCUGGAGAGUUUCUCCCCUCCCUCUGUGGUUUGUGCGUCAACUUGAAACGGAUGAGCAAGCUUAAAAAUCAAAAAUCGUGUUUUUAAUAGCCAGUAAGUUUUGAAAUUUUGGAUGCGCGCGUAGGCCUCCACACCGUCCUCAAGAUGUCUGAGAGAUCGCAGAGCCCUUCUUCAGAGUGCCAAAGUCGGCCUUAUGACUUCAGCCGGGCCAAUCAUUGCGCCCAGGUUUUGAGUCAGGAGAGUUUAUGCAACGCUGCGUCAUUUCAGCUUCCUCACGGCAUGCUGCCAGACCCGGGCCUCCUCUACAACAAAACCGCUUACAGUGGCAUCACACCGGCAUCCGCCCAGACCUUUUUCCCGUUCCCACCCGUCUCCAGUGACUACAGGGGAUCUGACCUACACACUGGAGAGUUCGGGCAACCCAAGCACUGGUAUCCCUUCGCUGCGCCCGAGUACACCGGCCAGGUACCCGGUGUAACAGCAGCCACCCAGCCCACAAACCUGAGUCCCCCCAUCGCCGAGACUCGGGAGCAAAUCAAACUGCCCGAAAUAAAGACCGAGAAGGACACAGGGGAUGAUUAUUCCACAGAGAUUAAGGUCCAGCAGUAUCCAACACCACCGGCCUCCGCCGCCAUGCCCCCUGGAGUCUUCUACUCCGCGGCCUGGAACCCAUCCUUUUGGCCUGGGAUCACCCAUAUCACACCACCCGGCAGCAAUAAUCAAAACCCUUCAACAUCCUCCGCGUCUUCCCCAUCUAUGUCCCCCUCACCCCCAAGCAGCGGCCUUCCAGGGAACGCGUUUUUCAGCGGGAACACAACCCAGGGUGCCACCGGACCUCAGACGCAGAACCCGGCCUCCUCCACACGGAGCAGCGGGUCUUCCAGUGGAGGGUGCAGCGACUCCGAGGAGGAGAACCUUUCCACUGAAGAGCUGGAGCAGUUUGCCAAGGAGCUGAAACACAAACGCAUCACUUUGGGUUUCACUCAAGCUGAUGUUGGCCUUGCUCUGGGUAACCUUUAUGGUAAAAUGUUCAGCCAGACAACAAUUUGCCGCUUUGAGGCUCUCCAGUUGAGCUUUAAGAACAUGUGCAAGCUGAAGCCCCUUCUCCAGAGAUGGCUGAAUGAGGCGGAGACCUCAGAAAAUCCCCAGGAUAUGUACAAGAUUGAGCGAGUAUUUGUUGAUACCAGGAAGAGGAAGAGGAGGACCAGUCUGGAGGGAGCAGUGCGCUCUGCUCUGGAGUCCUACUUUGUCAAGUGUCCCAAGCCCAACACCCAGGAGAUUACACACAUCUCGGAUGACCUGGGACUGGAGAGAGAUGUGGUACGUGUUUGGUUCUGCAACCGUAGACAGAAGGGAAAGCGCCUGGCCUUGCCCCUGGAUGAGGAGUGUGAUGGCCAGUACUACGAGCAGAGUCCUUCACCAUUGAACAUGGCCCCCUCUCCCAUUCCCAGUCAGGGCUACUCUGCCUCCAGCUACCCUGUAGGUCCUCCUCCUACACUCUACAUGCCUUCGCUUCAUCGGCCUGAUGUCCUGAAGCAAGCCCUGCACCCUGGACUGGUUAGCCACCUGACUGGAUAGGCAAGCUCAAGUAGUCCCAGCCAGAACCACAGAUUGCCUUCCCAAGCAUCUCUGUCCAACCCCAACUCAAGCUGGA